AUGAGGAUGCACUUCCGCAUCCUGAAGAGGAGGUUCCAGGACGCAGUGUGCGAGAGAGAGAGGAGACAGUUCGUGGAAGUCGUUAGGAGGCACCAGGAUUUGAUACAUUUAGCCGACAAUGUGGAAAUCCUGUAUUCCAAGUCUACACUCUUCAACAUCGUCACCAGUUCUGUUCUCAUUUGUCUUAGCGGGUUUAAUGUUACGUCGGUGGAGGAUAUGGGCGUGGUGAUAUCAUUCAUGGCGUUCCUGUCCAUGAGUCUCACACAAAUCUUUUUGUUGUGCUACUUCGGAGAUAUGCUCAUGAAAUCGAGUAUGGAAAUAAGUGACGCCAUCUACAACAGCGAGUGGUAUCAAGCAGAUCAGCGUAUGAAGAGGAACGUGCUCCUUGUUCUGAUCAGAUCUCGUAGACCAUGUAAACUGACAGCGGCCCGAUUCGCGGACGUCAAUUUGACAGCAUUCACUACGAUACUGAGUCGAUCGUGGUCUCUCUUCGCUCUUCUGAAAACUGUUUACAAAUAAACUUAAGUUUAUGUGUAUUACGUUUGAGUUUAUAUUAGGACCUG